AUGGAAAGUAAAGAAGUAUAUGCUGAUGAGAUUUCUGAAAUUGAAGGUGAAUCCAGUGAACUUACUAGUGAUAGUGAGACAGAUAGUGAUGUAAUGAUGCAAUACCAGGAUGAAAGAGCAGCUGAGCUCAGCAGGGAGCAGAACGAGAAAACCAUCCGGAGCACGCAGACCGCGCUCCGCAAUUUCCCUUAUUCUACUAAGCUCAACAAAUUUCCUGUGUUUAAUAUUAAUGAUGACUUGAAUGAUCUGUGUACCAGUGCGGUAAGCCCAAACACUACCAAAGCCACACGUUAUGCUCUGAAUGUGUGGCGAUAUUGGUGCAUGACCAACGGGCUCAAAGAUCACACGGACAUCACCAAGAUCCCUGCAGUGAAGCUGAACGAGCUGCUCGAGAACUUUUAUGUCACCGUUAAGAAGAGUGACGGCUCAGACUUCCUGGCCACCUCACUCCAUGCCAUUCGCCGAGGCCUGGACCGCAUCCUGAAGAAUGCAGGUGUGGGCUUCUCCAUCACCAGCAGCACCUUCAGCUCUUCCACCAAGAAACUCAAGGAGAAGCUGUGGGUGCUGAGUAAGGCGGGCAUGUCAGGUGCCCGUUCCCGCAACAUCGUCUACUUCUCCCUUUCUGAUGAGGAGGAGAUGUGGCAAGCAGGUUGUCUAGGGGAUGACAGCCCUAUCACCCUCCUUUCCACUGUGGUCAAGUACAACAGCCAGUACCUGAACAUGCGGACGCUGCAGGAGCAUGCAGACCUGAUGUAUGGCGACAUUGAGCUGCUCAAAGACCUGCAGAACCAGCCCUACUUCGCCCGGACAGACAGUGUCAAGCGCGAGAGUCGGAGUGGUUCCACUAGGGCCUGUCACGGGAAAAUCUACCAUGAACAUUCCAGGGGGCACAAACAGUGCCCUUACUGCCUCCUCUACAAGUAUAUGUACAUCCACCGGCCGCCCACCCAGAUGGAGGCCAAGUCCCCCUUCUACCUGACCGCCAGGAAGGAGGCCUCAGACAUGGGCAGCGUGUGGUAUGAGGAGCAGAGGAUGGGACUGCGGUCUCUUCGGGGAGUUGUCCCCAACUUAGCCAAGAAGGUCAAGCUGGAAAACUGUGAGAACUUCACCUUCGUCUCCUUUACUCAGGUCUCCAGGAGGCUUGGCUCCCACAGCUGCUGCCAGUGAGCCCUCCCUGGGUCUGGGCCACUGCUCUGCUCACUCUUGUCGGCAAGCGCUCCCUCGGCCGCCACGGCCAGAGGCCGCGGCUGGAGUGCUGAGAAGGCCGGGGAUGCCCGGGCGUGGCUUCAGUGUGGCCUGCUCUUCCUUUGACUUGGGGUUUGUUUUUAAGUGAAAGUAGAUGAGUCUGAAUAAUUUGGAUGUUUUAUCCAAAUGUGUGUCACCUGUGUCAACUUUUAGACUCGAACACAAUGUAUAAUAAUUGCUACAUGCAAGAUUGAGGAAAUUCAUUCUAUUUCUAGUGCCUUUUUAGCACGGGUUUUCUCAACAAAAAAGAAAGAAUGAAAGAAAAAGAACAAAAAAGGAAAUUGUUUAAGUAGUCAUUUAAAAAAAUCCCAGUAGCCCAGUAGCUUUAAAAUGUUAUGAAAACUAUACACUUUGUGAAUUACACUCACAAUAAGGAACUAGGAGAGAGGCAGACACGUUAACUAUUUCCAGGAGAAAAUUUGCACUUGACA